AUGGUUUUUUAUGCUGUGAUAGUUGUUAUGCCCUUUGGAAGUACUCUGGUGUUUUAUAGGUUAUCUCCUUAUUUUGGUGCUCUAGGUUUGGUCUUAGUGGCCGUGUCGGGGUGCUUUCUUUGUGGGCUCCUAGGAUCUUCCUUUGUGGCCUUGGUGCUUGUUCUUAUUUAUAUGGGGGGAAUGUUGGUUGUUUUUGUUUAUUCUACGGCUAUAUCUGCGGAGCGGUACCCGGCAGUGAGCAACCUGAAUGAGGUACUCCUCUUAAGGGGUGUAGGUGUCGUUUGGGCUUUCGUGAGGUUUGAUCCUUUCUUGAGCUUCUCGCUUGGGGGGUGGUCUAUGACAGUAGAGAGGGAUCUUGUGGGGGGUGGGGCUUUAUAUAAAGCGUUGGGGGGCUACUUGUUGGUAGGGGGGUUCGUACUUUUUAUUGCUCUAGUGGUUGCGCUAGUGAUUACUUAUGGGGCGGAAUAUAAAAUAUUAAAGGCCCUGUAG